ACAAACAAAAAAAGGGGUUUCAGAGCUAUCAUACACAGAUUCUGUAAACAACUCAUCAUCCUCCUCAUUGGGAUGGAGAGAAGGGUUUUGGUGGUGUGUUCUGUUGUGGGUUUACUCGGAAUUUUAUCAUCUGUUACUGCUUUCGUUGCUGAGGCUACAAGAAUCAAGGGCUCUCAGGUUCAGUUUAUCUCCACAUCUGAGUGUGCAUAUCCACGGAGUCCAGCCAUGGGUCUUGGUUUAACUGCUGCAAUUUCUCUGUUGAUUGCACAACUAAUUGUAAAUGUUUCAAGUGGUUGCAUUUGUUGCAAAAGAAGUCCGAACCCUUCCAAUCCUAAUUGGAAAAUAGCACUCCUGAGCUUCGUUAUUUCUUGGUUCAGUUUUGUUAUAGCCUUCUUGUUGUUGCUGACCGGUGCUGCCCUUAACGACCAGCACGGUGGCGGGACUAUGUACUUCGGUAACUACUACUAUUACUGCUAUGUCGUCAAACCCGGAGUCUUUGCUGGAGGCGCCGUUCUGUCGUUUGCAAGUGUUCUAUUGGCAAUAGUCUAUUACCUCACUUUAAAUUUGGCAAAAAACAAUAGCCCUUUGUUGGGGAACCCUGUUCCAGCUCAAGACAUUGCUUUGGGGCAGCCUCAGUUUCCACUACAAAAUACUCAGCAACCUGUUUUUGUUCACGAAGAUACGUAUGCACGCCGACAGUACGUGUGAUUCAUAGUCGGUCUCCGAGCAUACUUUUGUGAGCUGAGUAAGCUUAGAGAACGAACUUUAGAAAGAU